CCGUACCUUUGGAGCAGAGCAAGAGAUUUUUGCAACAGUCCUGCGUCGAGCCCACUCUUCGAGGCUUGGUUGUGCACAUUGGUCCCUCAAUUACUUCCACGAUCAGCCGCUCGCCUAGCUAUUGCUUCAAUCCCCAUCAUGCGGGUAUCGAGCCAGAGAACGCGUCGUUUGACCGCGGGCCUGCUUCUGACAGUCGUCGCUGCUCAAGACUCCAGUCCUGGAGGUCCGGUGCACCCAGGUCAGCCGGAGAACUGCAAUGGAUGGCAUACUGUCGUCAAAGACGAGAAUUGCCAAAUCGUAUCACAAGCCUACGGCAUUCCCACAAACCAGUUUCUUGAGUGGAACCCCGCGGUUUCCUCUGACUGUCGCGAUAACUUUUGGAUCGACUCGGCCUACUGUGUGAGCGUCGGAAAGACCAGUUCCAAACCUGCCACAUCCACACGUCCUACCUCCACGUCCACUUCUGGUUCCAAGACAUCUUCUUCUAGAAUCACGUCCCAGGCGGCCACCACGUCAACCCCUGCACCGACGAGCACCUCGUACAACUCGACUUAUUCCGUCUUGCACCCGGUCACCUCCUGGAACGUGUCGGCUACCAGUACAGAUAAUGCGUGGCCGCCUACCAAGACGCUCGCGGGGCAGACGGAAAUCUGCAAUUCGUGGUAUCGCGUCAUGCCCGGCGAUACAUGUCAGCGAACGGUUGACAAGUUCGGCCUAAAGUCCAUCGACGAGUUCCUGAAAUGGAAUCCCGCGACUAAGGAUGAUUGUGAGAUGCUUCUCGCCGAUUACUGGGUCUGUGUUGGCGUUCAAAGACAAACAGGAAACACAGAUCUUGUAUGGGAAACGGCCCAGCCAGACUUCACCGCGCCUCCCGAGCCCACCACUUACACGCCUGUUACACUACCGACGGCCGAUUCGAGUUUCGCACCAAUUCCAUCUCAUGGACCCAUGCCAUCCAACUGCAAAGUGUUCCAUCAGGCGAAAGCCGACCAGAAUUGCAAUGACAUUGUGAAGUUGUACGGCUACUUCUCGCAACAGCAGUUCUUGUCGUGGAACCCAGCCCUCGAUGGCAAUUGCCUAGGUCUUUGGCUCGACACGUGGUACUGUGUUGGCGCAUACGCGGAUGCUGAUCUCCCACUACCCGCACAUCAGACGGCCAAACCGAUGGAGGGCAAAAUCCCUCUGGGAUACCCCAAUGACUGCGCGCGAUGGUACCAGACAACCGGCGACGACAGGUGCGACCUCAUCGCGCUUAUGUUUGGCAGCUUCAGCGAGGCCGACUUCGUGAAGUGGAAUCCUUCCGUCUUCGGUGAUUGCGCCGGCAUCGUUCCAGAUGCGUGGUACUGUGUAGGUCGCCCGGGCACGCCGACUACUCGGACUCCAGGCGCGCCAUCGCCAACACAAAUGACAGAGUCCAUGCAACCGACUGCGUCGACGCAACCGACAACCACUACAACAAAGCCAACUCAGCCUGUGCAGACACCUUCACCUGUUCGUGAAGGCAUGGCGGAGAAUUGCGUGAGCUUUCACCUCCAGCAGCCAGAUGAGUUCUGCUAUGCGAUGGCGUCUGGUGCCGGCAUUUCUUUGGCCCAGUUCUACGAGUGGAAUCCCGCUGUGGGCAAUGACUGCCAGAACCUAUGGCCUGAUUACUACUACUGCGUUGGGGUGUGAUCUAUCUGAUGGCGUCACAGAUCUGGGUGCAGAACGUGCCGCCUUGGCGCCGUCAAAAUGUAAUCAAGAUAGCUGUCAAUAAGUGCAAGUUUGCUUACUUGCGGCGAUGGUGUCUUGCGGCGCGGUGUUGGACCAGAUUGUGGGGAGAUGGUGGAUCCAGACUGGCGGCAAAUGAUCUUGGCAAAUACGCUAUAUAGAUUAGACCAGCUCUCGGGCUGGAGACGGUCCAAAACUCGAAUGAGAGGGGCAGUCUUUUCUUUGGAACGAU